ACUCCCAUCAAGCUGUUUAAGGACCCCAGGAUGUCCAUGCUCGCAGAACCCCGGAGGAAACAGAAGUGGUCUGUUGACCCCAGGAACAGCGCCUGGAGCAACGAUGACUCCAAAUUCGGCCAGAAGAUGCUGGAGCGAAUGGGCUGGUCCAAGGGCAAGGGCCUGGGGAGAAGUGAGCAAGGCUCCACUGACCAUAUCAAAGUAAAAGUGAAGAACAACAACUAUGGUCUUGGGACCUCCGCCAGCUAUGAGGAUAACUGGAUCGCCCACCAAGAUGAUUUCAAUGAGCUUCUUGCUCAACUGAACAGCUGCCAUGCUCAAAACAGCGGCACUGAUUCUCCACCACCAGAGGAGCGGAAAGGGUUCAGCUUGGAGGAGAAAUCCAAGACCACCAAAAAGAGGGUGCACUACAUGAAGUUCACUAAAGGAAAGGACCUGUCCUCUCGCAGUGAAACAGACCUUAACUGUAUCUUUGGGAAGAGGGGAAGAUCUGCCAAUGACCAAGAGCAGGAGAGCAACAGCAGCGAUUCUCAGGGGGAGAAAGAGGAGAGUUUUGCUCGUGCUGCCUUUGAGCUGGACACAGAGUCCAUCACCAAAACAGUUAAGAGCACUCUCACGAUGCAGGAGUACUUUGCACAGCGGAUGGCUCAGCUGAAGAAGGAUCGCGGGCAGGCCCAGAGUGCAGCACCCUCAGAGGAGACCAGCGAGACAUCAGGUCCGUCUGAGCAGCCCAGUCCCAUCGUCAUCAUCAACAACGACGACGACUCAGAAGAGCCCAAAAAGAAAAAGAAGAAGAAGAAGAAGAGCAAAAAGUCAGAGGAUGAUCUAGAAGUGGUCGAGGAGAACAGCACCCCCGCUCCUAUUGUAAUAGUGGAAGACGAGGACCAACCACAGGAGCGUCCAGAGAAAAAGAAGAAGAAGAGGAAAAUGGUAGAAAGCGAGGGGGCUGCAAGUGAGGACUGUAGCUCCACCUCUGGUGUGGAGCAGAACUGCGAGGAGCUGCCUCCGUCCAAGAAGAAGAAGAAGAAGAGUAAAAAACACGAUGAGGAAACUGAGCUAGUAAAUGGACACGAGCCAACCGAGGAUCAGACUGUAGAAUCUGAGGUUGUUCAGAAAAAGAAGAAGAAGCACCGAGAGGAGGUUGUCGAGGAGGUGGUGGAGAAGAAAUCCAAAAAGGACAAGAAAAAGAAACAUCAAGAGUAGAGUGGACUCAUGUUGUCCUGUUGUCAUAAACACCAUCACGAGGGCACAUGUGUAGAUUAACUGCCUUCAUGUCAAAUGUUCUUGUAUAGAUACAGUCUGUUAAUGACAAACACGAACCACUAACUUGUACUGUCGAACUUUGCUGAAGCACUUGGUAAAAUACCUCAAGUUAAGAGACAGACAUUUUGGGAAAUACCCAUUAGAUUUAUUUAAACAUGGAGUUAAAGUGGAAAUAGACGACUUUUUUUGCUCUAACUUAUCACUAUGAAUUAGAUAUUCGUUGCACAAUAUAAUGAUAUUAAUAACACCAUCACUGUUUAGAUUGAGUCCCUAUAAGCCUCGAUUUCACUAUGAAAUUCUGUCUACCACCAGGUACUGUAUCCCCAGAAUGAAGGCUCCAUUUACGGAUAACGAUAACGAAAAUACAACGUCCACACAGUUAUGUCUGUCAUGUCUCGUUGAGAAGCAGGAUGUAGCAGAUCUUUGUGCCUCAGCCACAGUUGGGAGAAGUUUUCGUAGAUGGCUUUUGACCAGAAAUGGAUUUCUUGACUAAGGUUAAGAAAAUGGUUUGGGCUUUCCGAGUGAAAGCCUACAAGGAAAACUUCUUCCAUGUGCAGCUGCCAUGUUAGCCUCAGUUUUAGCUCGUCCAUCUUUUGGAACGGGAUUGUACAUUUGCGAGGAGAAUGGUCAGGAGUGGUAGUUUGUGCAGUCUAGCCUUUGUCUAAGCUUGUAGCCCCACUCAUUUCUACCACUUCUGCUUACCCUGUCUCCGCCACCGCCGAUGUCUUCCUGGGAUUAUAGCCCAAACUGAUCAAGGUGGUCUGACAAUCUCCGCUCGUAUCUAACAAAAGGUGACUGCAUGUAGUGCCGAUUCCAAGCAUAUCAUGUCGGUUGUAGGCUGAAGGUGCUUCAACUUUACUAUCCAAAAAAGGCAAUAGUAAAAAUGACACGAACAGUAAUAAAUGACCCGCCAUUUUGUCUGUGUGACAGGGGCACCAACAGUACCACUUGGAAUCGUUGGAGGGAAAGAAGUUGUCUAAGAAAUGGUGUCUAACUCCAUAAAAAGUUUUUGUACUUGUGUAACAGACAAAGACAACAGUCUACAUGCUGAGCUAAGCUAACGAGCUGCUGGCUGUAGCUUCGUAUUUAACAGACAUACCUGAGAGCAGUUGUGAUCCGCUCAUCUAGCUCUGGGGUCGAAGCAAAUAAUGUUUCCCAAAAUGUCAAACUGUUUCUUUAAUCUAUAAGGUACAGCUAUUUCUCUAUAUGUGACUGUCCCCACGAUUUAUAAAAUUUAUCAAUUCGGACAUCAUGAGUUGACAUAAUUUUUAUAAAAAGGAGUUUUACAUCAAAUUUCAAAAAUGAUUAGAGACUGCUGACGUGUCUUACUGAAUCUUCCUUCAACCAUCUUUGUUAAAUCCUUCAGAUGAUGAGUAUCUCCUUCAGUAAUUCUAUUUAAAUUUGUACAAACUACUUUGAUGUUAUGUGACUGAAAAAUAUGAACUGAUGCAGUUUGAUGUUUUGCUUGAAAUCUGUAAAACAUCAGUCUGACACAUCCAUGAGCUGGAAGAAAACACAUGGUGCUUUCACAGGAUGAAAUCAUUUUUUAAAUAAAUCUGAAUAGCCAUG